CCCUGGCGGCGGCCUGUGGGUCGGGGGCGGCGGGCAUGGCUGCGCUGGCCGAGCUGCUGGGCGAGGCGCUGGCGGCGCCCGACGGCUCGGCGGUGGCCACGGCGUCCGUGCCGGCGAGGGGCGUCUCGCUGGUGGGGCUCUACUUCGGCUACUGCGGCGGGGGGCCCUGCGCGCAAGUGGCCGCUAACCUGGCCGCCUUCUACGGCCGCUUCCAGCCCGGCCCGGAGGGAGGAGACGCCGCCGGAGCCGCCGGAGGAGCCGCGGCCGCCCCGUCCCAGCAGCAGCAGCUGGAGAUCGUCUUCGUCUCGGCCGAGCAGGAGCAGCCGCGCUGGCAGGAGGCGACGCGGGCCAUGCCCUGGCUGGCUCUGCCCUUCGCAGACAAGCGCCGGAAGUUGAAACUGUGGAACAAAUUCCGGGUUUCCAACAUCCCCUCGCUGAUAUUUAUAGAUGCCAACACUGGGAAAGUGGUUUGUCGGAAUGGCCUCUUGGUGAUCCGAGAUGACCCGGAAGGCCUGGAGUUCCCGUGGGGUCCUCGGCCAUUCAGCGAGGUGGUGGCCGGCCCUCUUCUCCGAAAUAGCGGGCCUCCCCUCGAAAGCAGCGUUCUGGAAGGUUCCCACGUCGGGGUUUACUUCUCUGCUCACUGGUGCCCGCCUUGUAGAAGUCUCACUCGGGUUCUGGUGGAAUCUUACCGGAAAAUCAAAGAUGCUGGUCAAAAAUUCGAGAUUGUCUUUGUUAGUGCAGACAGGUCGUACAAAAGCGGUUGUGGGGUCAACAACAGGCGAACGGAACUUUUCUUGAAGGAGAACGAACACCUCCGAAACCAAGAAUCGCAUUUGCCUUUUCGGCUGCGGCAUCACGCAAGCGGUCCACGGGCAGCCUGUUGUGGUUGCGGUAUCCCUACUCUCAUCGUCUUGGACACUAAGGGAGACGUCAUCACCAGACAGGGCCGAGUCGAGGUCCUGAAUGACAUUGAAUGCCAGGAGUUCCCCUGGCACCCCAAGCCUGUCUUAGAGCUGACCGACUCCAACGCUGUCCAGCUGAACGAGGGUCCUUGUCUUGUCCUUUUUGUAGAUUCCGACGACGAUGGAGAAUCCGAAGCGGCCAAGCAGCUGAUCCAGCCGAUCGCCGAGAAGAUCAUAGCCCAAUACAAAGCCAAAGAUGAAGAGACCCCACUGCUGUUUUUCGUGGCCGGAGAGGAUGACAUGACCGACUCUCUUCGGGAUUACACCAACUUGCCCGAAGCUGCCCCUCUCCUCACCAUCUUGGACAUGUCAGCCCGUGCUAAAUACGUCAUGGAUGUCGAAGAGAUCACGCCACCGAUUGUGGAAACUUUCGUGAAUGACUUUUUGGCUGAUAAACUGAAACCUGAGCCUAUCUAAAGCCGAAGCUGGGGCAAGGGAGUGGGAGGGGGGUCUUUUCUCACCCCUUUCCCCAUCUCUUAGACGCUAUUUAAAAAUGGCCGGAUCGGUCCAACACCAGCCCUUCGGUGCGGGCCGGCCAUAAUUUCCUCGUGGUGCCUUGUUUUAAACCCCAGAAUAAUAUCUCUGUCCAAACACUUUCCAGGUGCUUUUUUUGCAAGCAACGGGGUUGGGUGGGGUAGGGGUCUCCGGGGAGGGGGAAGAUUUGGCUUUGGGCGGGGGGGGGACGGUGAGGGGAAAACGGACAGGGGUACCCAGAGGCAAUCCAGAAAGGGCAAGCAGAAGACAAUUUUUAAAAACUCCUCGUAGCCAGUGGUUUUCAUAACGGAUGGAUUUCAAAAGUGACGCUCCGAGCCUGGGGUAAAUUUGGCAAUUCUAUCCCGCUUCCGGAGAAUAUAACUAGCAAACUAAACGGUUCAAGAAGAUGUUAGCACUCUAUCCGUAUUGCUGUGUUUCUCAACCAUAGCGGCUUGAAGUCCACCCAUCGUAAAGCAGGCUGCCUGGGGAAUUCUGGGAGUGGAAGUCCACCCAUCUUAAAGCAUUCUGGCUGGGGAAUUCUGGGAAUUGGAGUCCAUUCAUUUUAAAACAUGAUGGCUGGGGAAUUCUGGGAGUGGAAGUCCACUCAUCCUCAAGUCCCCACGGUUGAGAAACCCUGCAGCUUAUUGCAAAAUGUAGUCUUUCGAUUUGUGGGGUGGGGGCAGGAAAAGUAUUUUAAGGGGUGCCGAUUCAUGGAAUCGAUGGAUUGGGUUCCCCCAGGAUGCUAAACCCUGGUUCGCUGAACCCGGUCUCCGAGCUUUGCUCGAGAUAUAAUCCAAAACUGACCCCAGAGCCUGGAUUCACAGACGGUAAAGGAGGUUACUGGGCUAGUGGGCAAGGGUGAAAUUUAGCAGGUUCUGUCGAACCGGGAGCGGAAAUUUUGAGUAGUUCGGAGAACCGGCAAAGACCACCUCUGGCUGGCCCCCGAGUGGGGUGGGAAUGGGGAUUUUGCAAUAUCCUUCCCCCAGGAGUGAGGUGGGAAUGGAGAUUUUGCAGUAUCCUUCCCCUGCCACACCCACCAAGCCACGCUACGCCCACCAAGCCACGUCCACAGAACCGGUAGUAAAAAAAAAAAAAUCGGAUUUCACCACUGGUAGUGGGUCUGUGUUUCUUGUGAAGGCAUCCUGGAGAUGAGGGGACAGCUAGAAUCCUUUAGUCGAAAGUGAAAUGGGGAGAAGUUGGUCUUGUGUACGCUUUAGCUAUGAGAGAUGACCAGAUUGUGUAAUGGUAACAUUUGCACAAGGAGACACGGGAUGUGUCGUCGUGCCUUGCACCAAAGUCGGAGAUUUUUAAGAUGAGCAGUGGUGCAAUUUUGGAAGGUGAUCGACCUGACUUUGCCAGGGGGCGCCGUGCCUAUUUCAAUCGUGCCAUUUCUCAAAGCUACGCCAAAAAGGUUUCUAACUUUUAAGUUCAUAGCUGGGAUGGAUUCAGAAGUGACGCUCCCAAGCCGGGAACAAUUUUGGUGUUCCUGCCUCUUCCUCUUUUCCCCAACCUCCUCCUCCCCAUUUUUUUACGGGAAAAAUAAAACCCUUCGUUUAUUUCGCCAAGCAUAGAAAGGUUGAAGCAGCGAGACAAACAAUGCAAAUUGCGGUAAUUGUAUCGUUCGCACAAGGAGGCAGGGGUUGUCGUCGUGCCGUGCCACCAAAUGCCCCCGUGGGAAAUUUAAAAUGAGCUGCGGUGGAUUUCUGGCAGGUGGUCAACCUGACUUUACAGGGGCUGUGCUAAUUUCCAUCGUGCCAUUUAUCAAAACUACGCCAAAAGGUUUCUAACUAGACAGAGACUCUGCCUAUUUCCAUCGUGCUAUUUAUUAAAACUACGCCAAAAGGUUUCUAACAACGAUAAACUUAAUUAUUUCGGUGACUUUCCUGAAAUUGGGCCCACCCGUUCCCCCCACACACACACACACUCAUGGGGCAAACCCCAGAUAUUUUGUUGAAUGUCGCAGUCUUAACCACCCUAAGCCAUUAAUUGUAAUAACUAUAGCAAUUAAUUAAAAUCAGCCUCUUUUUUUUUUAAAGCCACAAGGUGCUAUGGAACAUUCCAACUGCUAAGGAUUCUGGGAUCUGUAGUCCCAAUGCACACAGAGAGCAAGUGGGGCAAGUGGGGGCGGGAAAAAAAACACCACUCGGAAAAUAACAUCCAGGACGAUUUUUUAGAUUAUUUCUCCCUCUUCUUUUAAUCCAAAUGUCUCUUCUUUUUGCCUCUGUUCCCCAUCUUGGUAGAACAGUUGUAUUGUAGAUAAAAAUUCUACCGCAGAUUUCUGCUGAUUUUUGAUUUGGGGAAAUUGGAAUUAACGCAUUGUCUUCUCCUCUUCUGGCUAAGUGGAAGUUGUAAAAACUGUACAUGGUGAUUGGAUCUUUGUAAUAAAAACGGUUCUAAUAAAUUUCACAAUACGCUGUAA